AUGCCACCUGGUCGUCUUGCUUCGCCAUCUCUAGAUGCCCCUACUAGGCUUCCCACUGAGAAGUCUUCUCUAUCGACAACCUCGAAGCCUGCCGCUAAUGAUACAUAUGGCUCGUACUAUCCGGUAGACCCCGAUAAACUGAGCCUGGAAUCUAAUUUCGGUCCCAUGGAUCCUGGGAGCGUCAGGUUUCUCCAACCAACCUCAGCCGAAACGCCUCUUGAUAUCAUGCACGAACGGUUUGAGCGUGACGGGUAUUUAUUUGUCAAAGGAUGUAUUUCCAAAGAAGCCUCUCUCAAAUGUCGCGAAGCCUAUUUCAACCAUAUGGCGCCUAGUGGUUUGUUGAAAGACGGCACCGCACCCGUGGAAGGCAUCUUCUCCCACAAGGAUAGUCGAAAAUAUCUACCUCCAGGAAACCUACGUCGCCUGUUCGGCUUGAAAGACGACGUCGAGAGUGAAAAGUAUCUAAAUUUGAUGAUAUCCGCCCACGAAGCACCGUUCUAUCUCGACCUAUGCGCCAACCAAGAACUACGAGACUUCAUCACACGCUUUAAUGGUUGGGAAAACCCACAAAUGCUCCAGCGGACCAUGCUUCGCGCCUUUGUUCCUAAUAGCGAGCUGACGCCGGUCCACUUUGACCAAAUGUACCUUCGAGCCGGUCCGCCCACAAGCUUGACGGCGUGGGUACCCAUCGGAAAUGUUUCACUGGAAGGAGGCGGCUUGAUGUAUCUCGAGGGUUCGACCGAUAUUGGCAACAGGACAGAGGCUGAAUUUGCACGCAAUGCUCAUAAUCUUUCUGAUGAGGAGCGGGCUGGUGAUGUUAUUUUCCAUAAUCCCUGGAUGGUGCAUGCCAGCUGCAAGAAUAAAGAUCCGAAUAGUCAGAUCAGACUUGCAACCGAUCUGCGAUUUGUGAAUCCAGAGAAACCGUAUGACCAGCGAUGGAUGAAAGUAUAUCGUCCGCUAGACGGACUUUGA